AUGGCCGGCCUCACUCCUGAACAGCUCGCUACCUUCCAGGAGAAUGGCUUCCUCGUCAUUCCAGACUAUCUCAGCCAGUCUGAAAUUGAGUCUGCACUAAAAGAAACCGAGACUCUGCUUGAUGAUUUCGACCUCGAGACGCACCCACUGACUCAAUUCACCACCGGCGAUGGCGACGACACCGCCGACCACGUCGGCGACGACUACUUCCUGAACUCCGGCGACAAGAUCCGCUUCUUCUUCGAGCCGGAAGCGUUCACCACAGAGCCCGAUCCUCUGACCGGCCGCGCGGCCCUGAUCAAGCCUAAGCAUCUCGCCGUGAACAAGAUCGGCCAUUCUCUGCACACCCUUUCUCCGCCUUUCAAAGCCAUCUCUUUGACCGAGCGCAAUGCCGCCGUCGCACGCUCCCUGGGCUUCUCGGACCCUCGCGUUCUGCAGAGCAUGGUCAUCUGCAAGCAACCCUCCAUCGGCGGCGCCGUCCCCCCGCACCGUGAUUCCGAGUUCCUUUACACCGACCCUCCAUCCGCUGGUUCUGGAAAGGAUCUCACAAAGGUCGCAAAGGCGGGCACAUCACGCGGAGAUUCAGGAAUGGAUGAGGAGAAGGUCUCUGGGCCUGCGGAUGAGGAUUUGGAGAUUUUGAACGUCAAGGCUGGGUCGUUAGUGCUGAUUCAUGGCAAUGUGCUGCACAAGAGUGAGAAGAACACUAGUCCGCACAGUCGGUUUGCGUAUACAUUCCAUGUUAUUGAAGGAGCUGAGGGGUGGGAUUAUGAUAAGCGGAAUUGGCUGCAGCCGCCGGAGGGUGGCUUUUCGAAGUUGACUUGA